AUGAUUCCGGACGAUACUUCAAAAAGAUCAAGGCUUCUAGGCUUUGCUAGAGCCACCAGAGAUAAUUAUAUCCCGCGUAUUGCCGGGUCUGUGUCGCUGCUCAUGCUUCUGCAAGAGGUUUCUCCAGAUACAAGGUCUGCCCCGACUUCCCUCCCGAAAGAUGCAACCAUUGCUCUUUUCCCAUCCUAUUCUACCGUGAGACCCGCCCAUCACGAUGCGAAUGAUCUCACCUACCAUGUCAACGUUAAGGGCUGGCUUCUAUGUCCUGGUCUUAUGACCAGAAAGAACCGACUUAUCAUCUCUCUUGCCCGACAAUUGACUCGGAUCUCGUCCAAUCAGACGGCAAAUCAAGAGGCCGUAGUAGGCUUGGCCCAUGCAAAGCAAGACGUCUACGAUGAAUCUGAUGUUGAGUCCAUUGUUUCCGAUACAAGUGAAACUUCCUCUACCAGAUUAUCGCCAAAAUCUUCAUCAUCUUCGUCCACAAUUGGUCCUAAUUCUACUAAUACUACAACCGCCCCUCCCGAUGUGUUGCGGAACCGUCUUAAUGGAUUCAUAGCUCGAAGUAUACCGUACACAGAACUCACCAUCACGUUAGGAUCUCAUUCACCCGAUCCAAACCUCAAUUUGGUCACUAAAACCGUCACCACUGACGCCAAUGGGAAUUUCGACGUUUGUGUGGAAUGUCAUUAUAAACCACUGGCAGUCAGAGUGGCGGCAUCGAUCGAUGAAACUGUGUUCUCAUACGAAGAUAUCAUGCUUAUUGAAAACUCUGGAGUUGGACUUAUCAGUGACAUUGACGAUACGGUCAAGCUUACUGGGGUCAUUGGAGAUAAGCGGGAACUUAUGCGAUCCUUACUUUUGAAUGAUGUUUCUCUGUGGAAUAUCCCCGGUGUUAUCAAGUGGUACACCAAGUUAUAUGGUCUGAAUCUUGGGAAAUUGACUUUCCAUUAUGUCUCGAAUUCUCCCUGGCAACUUUUCCCCACCAUCAAGGAAUAUUUCCAUCAGGCCAACCUUCCUCCGGGCUCAGUUCAUCUUAAGCAAUACACGGGCAAUAUCAUAGCGUCUCUUAUGGAGCCAUCGUCCAGUAAGAAGAAAAUGACGUUGUACAAGAUUGUUGGUGAUUUCCCCAAUAAACGAUUCAUAUGUGUGGGUGAUUCUGGAGAAGUGGAUAUGGAAGCAUAUGCCGAUUUGGCUAAACAAUAUCCAUCUCGAAUAUUGGCGAUUUAUAUCCGAGUGGUCAAGGGGUCGUUGAGUGAUGUCGAUGACUCUAGAGUGUUGGAAGAAAUGAAACGAAUUGUCAAGGUUAUGGAGGAGCAAGAAGAUUUCGAAGACCCCCCACAAGAAGAAGAACAAACCAAGGAUUUGAUCGAUUUGGAUAGUGAUUUGAAAUCCAAACCAUCACCCAUGAUUCCUAAAAAGCCUCAACAACUACGUGGGAAUCAAUUAUCUAGGAAACCUCCACUUCCAACCCGACCAAUGAGUCCUUCGACAGACUCAUCGCCUCCACCACCUCCUCCACCUCCAAGAAGGGCCACCACUGCAUCGAGUCUUUCCUCGCAAGCUCCACCACUAGCCCCACUUUCGUCCACCCCUUCACAAACAACCACCGACUUGGUCACACAGGCACUUCAGAACAUAUACCCAGCAGACACAUACUACGAGCUUGAAGAAAUGGACAAGAGAGGUGCUGCAUGGCUAACUAGGGUGGUUGAAGCAAAGAGACUUCUCCGAGGAACACACACCGAAAUCAGAUUUUUCACUGAUAAUGAUAGUGAUUUGUUGGAACAUACUUCUAAACUCAUCUCUAAAUAUAUAUAG